GCUCUAGGUUUGCUGGACAGCAAUACUUACUGCCCUUUGAUUGGUCUCAACAGGUGUGGGCUGGUCUUUGUCAAGGUGUCAAAAAACUGGGGAGAUACAAAGCCCUCAGGUUCUCAGACCAGCGAUCUACAAUACUAGUCAUGACUAUACAGUUAAGAGUCUUCUAUCUUGUCCCACUUCUUCUGGCCAGCUAUGUGCAGACAACCCCCAGGCCGGAGAAGAUGAAGAUGAAUUGCUACAAAGAUGUGAAAGGCACCAUCUAUGACUACGAGGCUCUUGCUCUUAAUGGGAAGGAACACAUUCAGUUCAAGCAGUAUGCAGGCAAGCACGUCCUCUUUGUCAACGUGGCUACCUAUUGUGGUCUGACAAUUCAGUACCCUGAACUGAAUGCACUCCAGGAGGAGUUGAAGCCAGCCGGCUUGGUUGUGUUGGGCUUUCCCUGCAACCAGUUUGGAAAGCAAGAACCAGGAGAAAAUAUAGAGAUUCUUCCUGGCCUCAAGUACGUUCGUCCAGGAAAAGGAUACGUACCUAAUUUCCAGCUUUUUGCAAAGGGGGACGUAAAUGGUGAAAAGGAACAGAAAAUCUUCACCUUCUUGAAGCGCUCCUGUCCUCACCCCUCCGAGAUUGUCAUCACACACAAACAUAUCUCCUGGGAGCCGGUGAAGGUCCAUGACAUCCGCUGGAACUUUGAAAAGUUCCUGGUGGGACCCGAUGGGGUCCCUGUCAUGCGCUGGUUCCACCAAGCUCCGGUCAGCACUAUCAAGGCUGACAUCCUGGCGUACCUGAAGCAAUUCAGAACCAAGUAGGAAGGCCGGUCUUCACAGCCCAUCCUGCUUCUCCCUGCAAGACCUGUUCUGAAAAACAUCCAUCUUCUCACCACACUCUUUGCUUAAAUGGACGCUGCCUGCCCAAGUCACUCACCCCUGAAUUGACUAAACCCCUCCCUACACAAAUUGGGUUUAUGUUUGGAAGCGGCAGACAUUUUUCCUUGUAAGAUAUAUGAGUCAAAGAACAAAAGAAAAGGAGAAAGCUAAAUCCAGAGACCCCAGUUACAGAUUUUUUUUUUUAAGCUGGGUGCAUCAGCUCUCACCUGAAUGUCAGCACUCAGCAGGUAUGAACAUGAAUUCCAGGCCAGCCUGACCUACAAGAGACCUUGUCUCAAAGAACUCCCCAAAAUCCAUCAACAACAACAUAACUAUUUUGAACCACUCAAAUUCAUCAAAGGAUAUGAGAAUGGCUUGGUUGGACAGUGUAUUUAAAGGAAGAAUCUCCUUGGCCAUUCUGACUCCUUUUCUUUCCAGCCUGAAGGUGCAGAAAUAGUAAUGGAGGAUGGUGUGACAAUCUAGGUUCCUCCUCCUAAAACUGUUGUCUCCUGAUACAAAUGUGUUGUAUGUUCCCGUGUCUUCCUGAUUCUGUCUUUACCUCUCACACCAUCCCAUGGGCCCUUCUGUGGCUGAUCUGAGGGAGAAUGGGAGCAGACUGAUUCACACAGGAGAAGUCAUCUCUCUCCUGCCAGGACCCUGAAUUUAUCUCUGAUUCUACAAGUGUUCCUUCCUAUCUUAUCUUUGUGGUUCAGCUAGUGCUUCUGAGUGGUGGUGCCUUUCAUCAUCUGAAGGAUAGGAUUCUCCCACCCCAAACUGGGACUCCUCAACUUCAGAACUAGACAUAUUAUUUCCAAUAAAAUGUUUUCUGAAGCAUUCAA